AUGUCUGUUCGAGCGUUAUCUCCAGAGUUAGCAGAAAAAGCCCGCAAAGAGUUAAAUGAAGAUCCAAGCAGGAUUAAUAGUGACAUUCAACACUUAAAGGACUGGUUGUCCAAACAGCCACAUUUACGCGCUAGGACAGACGAUCAAUGGCUUUUAUCAUUUCUGCGAGGAUGCAAGUUCAGCUUGGAAAGGACGAAGGAAAAAUUGGAUUUAUAUUAUUCCGUUCGUACAACUGCGCCAGAAUUAUUCAGUAUAAAGCCCAGCAAUCCAUUAUUUGAUGAAAUAUUAAGUUCGGGGGCAAUAUUGAUAUUACCUAAGACUGCAACUUCUGAUUCUCCACGUGCCAGUAUGAUCAUACCUGGCCGAUAUGAUGCUGAUAAGUACAAUAUUUCCGAUGUCAUGGCUGUAUCUUUAGUCUUACAAAAGAUUAUUAUGAUGGAAGACGACAACGCAAUGGUUGCCGGCAUUUUGUCAAUUUUAGAUUUAGAUACUGUAAAAAUAAGUCAUUUAUUACAAAUGACUCCAAUGUUCUUGAAAAAAAUGGUGGUUGCUUCUCAGGACGCAUUACCAGUUCGACUCAAAGGUACCCAUUAUUUAAAUACUCCGACAGGAUUCGAAACUGUUUUCAAUGCUAUAAAAGCAUUACUGAACGAAAAAAAUAAGAAACGCCUCUACGUCCACAACAAGAAUUAUGAAGAGAUGUACAAAUAUAUCCCUAAGGACAUUUUACCAGUAGAAUAUGGAGGGAGCGGUGGUUCUAUUGAAGAAAUUAUAGAUUACUGGAAGAAAAAAGUAAAGGAAUACAGUGACUGGUUGGAAGAAGAUGAUCAAUACGGUACGGACGAGACCAAGCGACCAGGGAAACCGAAGACCGCUGAGGAUAUGUUCGGGGUCGAGGGAUCCUUCAGGCAACUUGAAUUCGAUUAA